AUGGCUCAGGCGCCGCCUUCUUUAGACAGCCUCCCGACUGAGAUCAUCACUGAGAUCGUCUCAUACAUCACCGAUUGUAGGACACUCUACCACCUUAUUACGGCUUCUCCAGCCGUAUCCCGCGUGUUUGACAGCCCCACCAUCGGCCCUGAAAUCCUCGAACAUGUCUUGGCGAAUUCCACGGCGCCACAGGUGUACGGCCUCAUUCGGCUUGUCGCCAUUGUCCGGACGUCAACCUUAGAUAACCCACCAGCUGCAUCUCUCGGCGCAUUCAUCAAACGCGCCAACCAUCACAUACAACAAAACGGCAAGGGCCGAUUCCACAGCACCGUCCCACCACUAACCCAGACUUAUCGCUGCCAGGCGCCUGGUUCUAUCAGGAGCAUCCUGCAAACCGCUCGCCGGGUUGCCUACAUGAUCCCAGCUUGCCUCUCAUGUUACCGUGAACAGUGGCUCUCUGCAACGCCCUCGCAUACAGAAGGUGAUAUGCGUGGAUGGGCCUACAAAUCCUGGCGAAACCGCUACGCAGAUCGGCCUUACAUUCCCUGUGAUGUUGGCCCGCCUGUUUGGGUCGAGGAGCAGCGGGCGGCCCGCGGGUUCUGGAGACUCCAGCUGCUCUACGAACUCCGAAGGGCGUCCUUCGAGGGGCGUCUGAGUUGGGUCAACGGCAGCCAUCACCAGCUAAUAACCGCAGAGACCCUGUACGGGGCUUUGCGUUACGAAAAAGAAGAGUUUCUCACCGUGUCGGACUUCAUCGACCAAGUGUGCGCCGCCGGAGUGACUUGCGAAGGCCAAACAUGGUCUUUACCGAACCUGCCCCCGGAUGCUUUGCCCAGCCUCUGGCCAGAACCAUCACCGCCUCUCGCAGUUGACGAAAGUGCAGGCCAUACUCGGGGGUUUCUCAUGAGCCAGAACCCCGUCGGAUGGGUAUACGCUAACAUCCGCCUCCGUCACUUUCCCCCGUCUCCUAUCCGCGGUGUUCCCCUUCAUCCAUUCCGCCGGCUGGGGCUUUUCAUCUGGGAGUAUGACAAGCUGGUAAAGAUGGAGCUGAUGUCCUCCACAGGGUACCCGUUCAGUGCAACGGGCGAGCCGUCAAAGAUGUACACAUGGCGGAGCCUCGUUAGCAAGGAGAUCCUAACCGAGGUAGAGGGCAACCUGGAAGCGGGAAUUGUGCAGCAGCAGGAAAGCCAGCAGAGGGUUGAAGAUUAUGGACAAGACUAUGAAUCGUCUCCAUAA